CAUCACCGGAAAUUAUCUUGUUACCGCACGACAGCAUAUGCCCUCAUCGACGAGCCAUGAAAGUACGUUCUUCAGUGAAGAAAAUGUGUGAGUUUUGUCGGACGAUCAAACGACGUGGACGAGUUUAUGUAUUAUGCACUUCCAAUCCCAAACAUAAACAGCGUCAGGGCUUCUCAACAUUUGCAUAUGAAGGUCCAUUACCUCCAACUUCCUUGGUGACAAGUGGCGAGAAGGAGACAUCACUCGUUCGUAGCUUCACAAAUGGAUUGCCUGCUUUUAUCUACAAAAAGGAUGAAAUGUUACCAGUAACACCUUGGUGGAGAAUGGGUCUAGUUUCCCGUCUGCUCAAUCCAGGCUGCAAGCAGUAGAAAAAAAUUGUAAUAGAUUGUUGAAUUUUAACAAAGCUUGAGAAAUUGAGCGCAACUUAGCUGUAUUAGCUAGACAUAUUUUUCAAAUAUUCUAUUUCAGUAUUACAAGAACUUCGAUAAAUUAUGCCCGAUUUAUUGGAUACCGUCAUGAUGGGUUUUGGCUGGAGCAAAAAAAUCAACUUUCUUGGAGUGUUUGCUUACA